AUGUCUAAGGACCCAUCUCACCAGCCUGAGACUGAAACCAUGCCAUUCUUUGAAGUUUUUAAGAAGUUUAAGCGUUUCAAGCUCUUUGAGCCGUCUUUGGGCGUUUUGGGUUUCUUCUUUGCCAGUGUCUGUGUAAUUUUGUGCCUCUUCUACUUGGAUUAUAGAGCUGUGGUUAAAGGGUUUCGGUUCCCGGGUCAAUCGGAGCGGUUUAUGUGGCUGCAGACAGACGGGUCGGUCAAGGAUCCGAGGGUUGAGUUUUUAGAACAAAAGGGUGGUGGGUGUGAUGUGUUUGAAGGGGAUUGGGUGUGGGAUGAGUCCUACCCUUUGUAUAACUCCAAAGAUUGCCGCUUUUUGGAUGAUGGCUUUAGGUGCACUGAGAAUGGCCGGCCUGAUUUAUUUUAUACCAAGUGGAGAUGGCAACCCAGACAUUGCAACUUGCCCAGAUUUGAUGCGAAGUUGAUGUUAGAAAAACUGCGUGGCAAGAGGCUAGUGUUUGUUGGUGAUUCAAUUGGAAGAAACCAAUGGGAAUCACUCCUCUGCAUGCUCUCUUCUGCAAUUCCUGAUAAGGAUUCAAUCUAUGAAGUGAAUGGCAACCCAAUUACUAAGCACAAAGGGUUCUUGGUGUUCAAAUUUAAGGAUUUUAACUGCACUGUUGAGUACUACAGGUCUCCAUUUCUAGUACUUCAGAGCCGCCGUCCUUCUGGAGCUUUACAAAAUGUCAGAACAACUAUGAAAGUGGAUCAAAUGGACUGGAAUUCUGCAAAGUGGAGGGAUGCAGAUGUGCUGGUCUUCAACACAGGGCACUGGUGGAAUUAUGAGAAGACUAUAAGAGCGGGUUGUUACUUCCAGGUAGGGGCAGAAGUAAAGAUGGAAAUGAGCGUAGAAGAUGCGUAUCACAGCUCCAUGGAGACUGUGUUGCGCUGGAUAGACACUGAAGUAAAUUCAAGCAAGACUCAGGUUUUCUUUCGAACAUACGCCCCUGUGCAUUUCAGAGGCGGGGAUUGGAAGACGGGGGGAAACUGCCACUCAGAGACUCUGCCUGAGCUAGGGUCCUCAUUGGUUCCUCCUCCAUCUUGGGAUCAAUUCAGGAUAGCCAAUGCUGUGCUAUCAGCUCACUCAAACACAUCAAAGGCAACGGAAAUUGAUAUAUUAAACGUAACUCGAAUGACUGCACGAAGAAAAGAUGGGCAUUCGUCUUUGUACUAUUUGGGUCCUAAAGUUGGCCCUGCGCCUCUCCAUCGCCAAGACUGCAGCCACUGGUGUCUGCCUGGAGUCCCUGACACAUGGAAUGAGCUACUCUAUGCGUUAUUCCUAAAGCGUGAGAUGACCAGCAAAUUUAACUCAUCAACUUAUAGGGCACAGGAAGACUCGGCUUCUGUGCACGGAGCAAUGCUUCCUACAGUUAAAGGGGAAAAAGGCCAAAGGACACACAGCACAUAG